UCGCUCUUUCUCCGUUCUCUCUAGAAUGAUGUCUCGUAUGUUCUCCAGUACCGCUUUGUGAGAAUGGACUCUCUGGGUAGAGAGACUGUCUACCCCUUCUCCCUGUCCUGCAGCACUGAGAGUCCCUGGAACCCUCGUGAGGUCGUCUGUGAGGAGAACUACAUGGAGGUGUCUGUCAGGAAGAAUGUUCCAGUUAUCGCUCAGGAAGGACUGGCAAAGGAAGACUGGGAAGCAGCACUCUCCAUAGCCCAGGAAGCAGUGAUGUCCGAGUGGCAGGUCGUGUUCCACCAGACCGGGAUGCCCCCUAAAACCAUGAACGCCACAGACGCCCGUACCGAGGGGUACUUCAUCAACUCCACAACCAGCCGCGUCGUCUUCAGAUCGCCCUACGGCAUGGCAAAGUCAGAGGUGGUCAUGGUGGCAGGGAUCCCGGUGGAAGCCAUCCGAGCCACUGUGUUCUACAAGCAGAGGUGGAUGCUGCUAUUGGUGGACACGUCAGCUGCCUGCGCUAAGAACCCCUCUGUCUUCGAUGGCACCUACCUGAGCUGGGUCACCCCGAGGCUCCUCUCCCCGCUGGUCCUGCAUCCCACCAAGUUCGUGGAUAAGCAGAUCAAGAUGGGAGUGGAGGGGAGGCCCCUAGAUGAGAUCACUGCUACUAGCCGGGGAUACCAGCUGCUAGUCAACAGCACUGCGGUGAAAAUCAGCAUUCCCUUUGGCGCUGUGGGAGGAUAUCGCAAGAGUCAUGUGAUUGACAACAAGUACAACCAGAUGUACGCCAUUGACCUCUGA